AGAAGAAGAAGAAGAGGAGGAACCAAAAAAAAAAAAAAUCCCCAAUUCCUCACUCCGAUCCACUCGAGCCCUACCUCCCGUCCCCAAAUUCCCCCCAGGGGCAGCUGGCCGAAUCGAUCCCGAUCCCCGCCAUGGCAGGGCCCGUGAGUUUCUGGUGAUUUUCCACGGAUCGUCGUCUCGACGGGCUCGGCGCGCGCGCGUCGAUCCAUCCGUCCAUCCACCCGAUGGAGCCGCGCAUCGGCAACAAGUUCCGCGUCGGCCGCAAGCUGGGGAGCGGCUCCUUCGGGGAGAUCUACCUCGGUACCAACGUGCAGACCAACGAGGAGGUCGCGAUUAAGCUCGAAAAUGUCAAGACAAAGCAUCCACAGUUGCUGUAUGAGUCAAAGUUAUACAGAAUACUUCAAGGAGGAACUGGUAUUCCAAAUGUCAAGUGGUUUGGUGUAGAGGGUGAUUACAAUGUUUUGGUAAUGGACUUACUGGGGCCAAGCCUUGAGGAUCUUUUCAGUUUUUGUAACAGGAAGCUGUCUCUAAAAACUGUUUUGAUGCUUGCUGAUCAAAUGAUCAAUCGAGUCGAAUUCGUUCAUUCCAAGUCUUUCUUGCAUAGAGAUAUCAAGCCAGACAAUUUUCUCAUGGGACUUGGGAAAAGGGCAAAUCAGGUUUAUUGUAUAGAUUUCGGACUUGCUAAGAAGUACAGGGAUACAUCAACGCACCAACACAUUCCAUAUAGAGAGAACAAGAACCUGACAGGAACAGCAAGAUAUGCGAGUGUAAACACUCAUCUUGGAAUUGAACAAAGCCGGAGGGAUGAUAUGGAAUCUCUUGGAUAUGUGCUGAUGUACUUCUUGAGAGGAAGUCUUCCAUGGCAGGGUCUGAAAGCUGGGAACAAGAAACAGAAGUAUGAGAAAAUCAGCGAAAGGAAAAUUGCUACUUCAACUGAGGCUCUCUGUCGUGGAUUUCCUACUGAAUUUGCAUCUUAUUUCCAUUACUGCCGCUCACUGCGCUUUGAAGAUACACCAGACUAUCAGUAUCUGAAGAGAUUAUUCAGAGACCUCUUCAUUCGAGAGGGGUUUCAGUUUGAUUAUGUUUUUGAUUGGACGAUUCUUAAGUAUCAACAGUCACAGAUGACCAGUGCUCCACCGCGUAUCAUGGUCCCGCCAGCAGGACAAAGCUCUGGGAUGGCUCCAAUGGCAAAUAAUAGGCAGUCAGCUACUGAAGAGGGAAGGAGAAGUGGAUGGUCAGACAUGGAUGGAAUGCGGCGUCAGGUUCCACCUCCAGCUAUAAACGCAGGCAGCCUAGCCAAACAGAAGUCGCCUAUUAGACAUGACCAAUCCACUUCGAAAGAGGCUGUGUUCUCCAGUUCGACUUUCUUGGGACGGUCAAGCGGAUCCUCAAGGCGACCUGCUGUCUCUAGUAGCCGAGAGCCAAGCACUGACGCGGAUCAGACGCGUAGUCGCACAACAGAUGCAAGCCCAGGGGCAUUCCAAAGAUCUGCAGUUCCACGGUGGAGUCCCCAGAUGGCUGACUCAUCUGACACGAGGCGCUCGUCUUCUGGCAGGCACCCAUCAUCGAGCGCGAAGAACUAUGAGUCCACAGUGAGGGGCAUCCAGGGCCUAAAUUUCGACGGCGAUGAUAGGAAUCACUACUAGUAUGUGUGGUAUCUGCUGAAAUGGAGACAGGCAAAUAAGAAGAGGUGGGUCUUAGCGGUAGACUGUCAUACUGUGCCAUGCUCUUGUUAUAAUGGUGUCAUGGCAGCGCCGGGUCUCGUUUAAUUUGUACAGUUUCUGCUUUGUUGUCGCACGCAGAUGGUUGCGGUAUUAAUUUAGUCCCUUGAAUGAACAAAUGUUGUAUUUUGGAGAGAUUUCUGCAGGCGGGGCAUGCCAUGAUGUGCUUGUUUGGAAUUCAUUCAAUAUAAGGGCCUCCUGGGAAAGUGCUUUUAACUUAAA